AUGACAGACUCGUCUUCGCACGAGGCCAAAGUCCUCAAAGCCCUAUCAUCUCCAUCUACACACCACAUACAUUUAAACAAUGUUUUGGUUAAACUUCCAUCAAGCUUUGACGAUCUUUCUAUCGAGCAAUUAUAUGAAAAAUACGGGAAGCCCGAGACAAUCCCAGUCACACGGUGCGAUGGGAAACCACUCCCCCCAAAUGCCCCAGCCAAGGCAGUGGCACCACUAUUCCUAGGUAAAUAUGCAGAAAAGUUCACAUUGCCUGACGCCCAACCACUGCUAAGCGACUUUGGUGAGGCCUUUUGUCCUGCAUCUCCAUCAGAAGUUCGCCUUGGUCAAGAUUGCCAUACACCAACUCCGUUUCGUGCCCCCGAAGCCAAGUGUGAACUCCAGGCUCCGCUAGGAUAUCCCUCUGACAUCUGGAGUCUGGCCACGGCCAUCUGGGAGAUUAUGGGAAUGAAGGCAAUCUUCAGCACUGAUUUUGUACCCGAGGAUGAAAUAGUGGCUCAGCAUGUCGAUGUACUCGGGCCUAUGCCUUCAAACUGGUGGAAGUCCUGGGAAGCACGGUCUCGGUUCUUUGACGAGCACGGCAACCCAACAGAGUCAUGCCAGAUAAAUAAAUGGCCAUCCCUUGAGGACUCAUUCGAAAUUUGUGUGCAGAAAUGGAGACGCAAAGUGGGCGGUGAGAUUGAUGAGAAUGAGAAAGCUGCGUUUUUGGAUUUGAUGCGUCGUAUGCUGGCAUUUCGGCCAGAGGAGCGACCUACCGUUGAUGAAGUGCUACAUUCUGAAUGGAUGGUUAAGUGGGCAUUUCCUGAUUACCAGCGAAGCCAACGUCGUCUUCGUUGA